UGUUUAUUUUUGUGUGUAUAAUUGUGCGCAAUGGCAUGGCUGUAGAAAUGGCCUCUUGUUAAAUGAACCGACCCAGAAAUUAAAAUAUAUUUUUUCAUGAUCGGAUGAUCCGCAAUCGAUUUUUCAUGUGCCGUGUUUACGUCAUCACCCUGCGCCUGUGAGGAAACGCACGCAGGCUGAACCCCGCGUGAGCGUUGUAAACAUAUGAUUUAACUCAAAUGGCACCGACAGAUCAAAAAAUGAAGAAUAAGACAUUUACAGCGAAAGAAGGCAACAGGAAAAAAUCGCAAAACAACCCACAUGGUGUCAAAAAGAAGAGGAGAUGGAUCCCCGAGCACAAAGUAUUCAAAGGCAGCGUCAAGGAAGGUCAAGGGUUUGCUUUAAAGAGGAAGGAAAAAGUCAAACAUGAGUAUAACAAGCUGCUGCGGAAGGAGAAGAAGAAGAACAACCCUCAGUCCAAAGCGCUGUACAAGGACGAGUACCCAGAACACCUCCGGCAUCUAUAUGUGGCCGAGGCAGAGAAACUGAAGAAUGAGGCCUGGACCAAUAGAAUGAACAGGACUAAGCUGAGGAUGAAAGGGCAGGAGAAAGGAGAGGAGACAGAUCAAAAUGAUGCUUCUGCACACCAGAGUGAAGCUGCUGAGCCAGAUCCAGAAGUUACUGGUGGAUCUGAGCCGACAGAUUCUGUCCCUGGGAUCCCUGAACCAGCAGCUGCCUCGGAGAAGGAAAGCCUUCCAAUGAGCAACCGCAUGAGGAAAAAGCUGUUGAAGAAGACGUCCUACCAGAAGACAAAAGAGGAAUUUGAGGAAAUCAGAGAAAAACGGAGACAAAAGAAAGAGGAGUACCUGAAGAACAAGCAGCAGAGAGAAGAAGCCAUUCAGAGGUACAAACAGAAAAAGAUGGAGACGUUUCAGAUGCUGAGCAAAAAGACCAAGAAAGGACAGCCCAAUCUGAACCUGCAAAUGGAGUAUUUGCUUCAGAAGAUCCAAAAAACUGACAAAUGACUCCCCAAGCCAGAGCCGACACUGGAGAAUUAUGGGAAAUGAGUGGACGUUUCCUGUGUUUGACUUUGUUUUUUAAAAAACAUUAUAAAGGAUUACCUGAGGACAAUCAGGACUGUGCUUUUCACACUGUCUGCAGUGGUGCUUUACAGUUAGAGUGGCACUCUGAGACCAGUUUACCUCUUUACGUCUGUAUUGUGUUAUUUUUUCCAGUAUUUUCUCCUUGAAAACCUAAAGGCCCAUUUUUAUCUCAGACCACAAGAGGGCAUUGUAAGACAUGAAGAGAUUGGAAAACAUGCUCAUGUAAGACAUUUUUCAAUCUGUAAAUGUUGAAAGUUUCUUGUACAGUGCUGUUGUAGCUAAUUGCUAAAUUCCAGUUGUAGCUAAUUGCAAUAAAGCAGACAUUUUCGUUCAAUAAUAAGUAAUCUAGCAGCAGUCCAUUAGUUUUUGAUUAUUUAUUCUUAAAAUUACUCCAAAAUGUGUAAUUUUCUGAUUGAACUUUGACAAAGCCACGCCGCCAUAAUAAAACCCUUUUCAG